AUGGACUCUGAAGCUGCCAUCGUUGGGACAAUCAAGGACUCGCGCGGCAUUUUUGGGGGGAGUAGAACGACAACAACAAAUGUCAAUUAUCUAACAACAACGCCAAAAACUAAGUCAACAACGCCAGCGACUACGCCUACAACGCAAACGACUCUUACCACAACGCCAACGACAAGGACUACAACACCAACGACUACAACGCCAACAAUAAGGACUACAACGCAAACGACAAGGACUACAACGCCAACGAUUACGACUACAACGCAAACGACUACGACUAAAACGCCAACGACUACGACUUCAACGCCAACGACUACGACUUCAACGCCAACAAUAAGGACUACAACGCCAACGACAAGGACUACAACGCCAACAAUAAGGACUACAACGCCAACGACAAGGACUAUAAUGCUUACGACAGGUACUACAACGCCCACGACAAGGACAACAACGUCAGCGACUAGGACUACUACGUCAACGACGAUGACUACAACGCAAACGACAAAGACUACAACGCCAACGACUACAACGCCAGCCACUACUACGACUACAACGCCAACAACAAGGACUACAGCGCCAACGACUACGACUACAACGCCAACGAUAAGGGCUAUAAUGCCAACGACAGUGACUACAACGCCCACGACAAGGACAACAACGCCAACGACGAAAACUACAACACCAACCACAAGGACUACAACGACAACGACUACAACCACUACAACGCAAACGACUACGACUACAACGCCAACGACUACGACAAAAACGCCAACGACAAAAACUACAACACCAACGAAUACAACUACAACGCCAACGACUACAACUACAACGCCAACCACAAUGACUACUUCGCAAACGACUACGACUACAACGCCAACGACAAGAACUACAACGCCAACGACUACAACGCCAACGACAAGGACUACCACGACAACAACUAGGGCUACAACACCAACGACUACGUCUACAACACCAACAACUACAACUGCAACGCCAACUACAAGAACUACAAAGCCAACGACUACGACAACAACGCCAACGACAAAAACUACAACACCAACGACUACAACUACAACGCCCGACUACGACAACACCACAAACGACUAUUAUAACAACGCCAACGACAAGGACUACAACGCCAACGACAAGGACUACAACUCAAACGACAAGCACUACAAAGCCAAUGACGACAACGCCAACGACUACGCCAACAACGCCAACGACAAGGACUACAACGCCAACGACAAGGACUACAGCGCCAACGACUUCGACUUCAACGCCAAUGACUACGACAACAACGCCAACGACUACGACAACAACGACAAAGACUAUAACACCAACGACAAGGUCCACAACGCUAACGACUUUAACGCCAACGACAAGGACUACAACGCCAACGACAAGGACUUCAACGACUACAACGCCAACGACAAGGACUACAAAGCCAACAACUACAACUACAACGCCAACAACAAGGACUAUAACGCAAACGACAAGCACUACAACUCCAACAACUACGACUACAACGAUAACGACAAUGACUACAACGCCAACGACAAGGAUUACAACGACAACGACCAGAACUACAACGCCAACGACUAG